AUGGCGCCCUCAAUCCCCACUUCAAAAGACGACCUCCCCUCCCCACAAGAUCUCAAGAACAAACUCCCCUCGCCAUCAGAUCUAAAACCCGACAUUCAGCAAGCCAAAGCAACCACCGCGGAACGCGGAGUCUACUCGUCGGCAUUGGACGUGGCACGAAAAACCAUCGCCCGUGAGGGCCUAGCCCGAGGUCUCUACGCAGGAGUCUCCGCCCCGUUAGUGGGUGUAACGCCCAUGUUCAUGGUGUCUUUCUGGGGCUACGGCGUUGGCAAAUCACUCGUCGAAUCCUUCUCCACAGUCCCGCGCACCAGCAACGGCGUAGCGCAAUACAGCCUCAGCCAGCUCGCCACCGCGGGCUUCUUCUCUGCAAUCCCCAUGACGCUCAUCACUGCGCCCUUCGAGCGAGUCAAAGUCCUCCUCCAGAUCCAAGGCCAGAAACAGCUGAAACCAGGCGAGAAACCAAAAUACUCCGGCGGACUAGACGUGGUGCGCCAACUCUACAAAGAAGGGGGUCUGCGCUCCGUGUUCCGCGGCUCCGCCAUGACCCUCGCGCGUGACGGCCCCGGGUCGGCAGCCUACUUCGCUUCCUACGAAUACGUCAAGCGCAGCUUGACCCCGAAAGACGCCAACGGCAACGCAACCGGUCAGCUCAGCCUUCCCGCCGUGAUCGUCGCGGGAGGAGCCGCAGGCGUAGCCAUGUGGAUCCCCGUCUUCCCCAUCGAUACAAUUAAAUCGCGGCUGCAGUCCGCCGAGGGCCGGCCCACCAUAAGCGGUACCAUCAGAGGUGUGUAUCGGAGUGGAGGGUUCAGGGCCUUUUUUCCUGGAUUCGGACCCGCCCUGGCGAGGGCGGUGCCGGCGAAUGCGGCGACGUUUUUGGGUGUGGAGCUGGCACAUAAGGGAAUGAACUCGUUCUUGGGGUCGUGA